CUACUAUAGACUGUACUUCUAUUUCCAGUUCUCUCUCUCUCUCUCUCUCUCUCUCUCCCUCCGGUACCUUGGGGCUUGGGUUUCGUUUUGGUUUUCUUUGCAGAGAAAAUCAAUAAAACACCUAGUAAAGCUUUAAAUUCCCGUCUAUUUUCUGAAACUCCGGCCAUUUCUUCGUCGUUCUUCGACUUGUGAGCUUGUGAACCAUAAAGAAGAAAACUCAGCUUCUCUGAUGUGAUUUGUAGGUAGAAUCGCGCAAUUUCAUAUGCAAAAGAGGUGGGGGAUUGCAGGUGUAGUGAUUUGGAUGAGAAGAUCAUGGCAACUAAUGGCGAUUGCGUGGUUUCGGAGUUGGAUAUUGAAAAGAAGGAAACUGAGUAUGAAGCACUUGAGGCCAAGUUAAGGGCUGUGGAAGCUGAGAAGCUUGCUAUUGAGGAACAACUAGAGGCUUUGAAGAGAGAGAUUGAUGAACUUAAGGAGCGCAUUCAUAGCGGUAAAGAUGGAUUCAAGACAGAUUUUGGAGGAGCAAAGAGGAUAGAGAGAGUUGUUGAUCUGACUGGGGAUGGCUUGGAUGAAGAUAGGACUACUGAGCUGAUGCUUGUGAAUACAGUUUUGGAAAUUGAGAAGCAAAGGGCGGAAAGAGAUGCUAAGGCUUGGGAGAAUAAGUUUAAGGAAUUGAGGUUGCAGAUGUUAGAUAUGCAAAAGAAUUUUGUGUCGGGCGGUGAACAGUGGCUGUUGGCUGGAAUGUCAGACGGAAGCAAGGAGAAAUUUGUGGAUUUGGUGGACUUUGUGCCGAUCCUCCGCUCUCCUGAUAAAUGGAUUGGUGAUCUGAAACCAGCAGGUUCAGCUUCUAAUUACACACCGUGUAAACGUGAUGAUUGGAUCAAGGAAGAACCUAAAGGUGUUUGUUUAGAUUCUACAGUUGAGUAUACCACCAAUCAGCGCGUUAGAAGACAAUUGGCAUUCAAGCAAGAGAAGAGUUCUUGUAAGAAGAUGGCUCCAUCUACCCCUGCUGCUACUAGACCUUCAUCUCGCACCAUUGUUGAUAUCGUUGACAGUGAUGAAGAACCUAAUAAUACCCGUGUCAAAUUGCCUAAUGAUGAUGCGGGAGAUGGAAAGAUUGUCAGCCCAUUGGAGUGUGCCUUAGAAGGGAAUGUAACUAGUGAAAAGGGGAUGACUAGGGAGAUGAGUUUGAAGCAGACAAACUGUGACCGGAACAAUGUGGAAGAUAUAGGUGCAUGCAAAGAAAAAAUUCCACCGGUUCCGACUCCAAAAAGGAAACGAGCUCAAAAUAUGGUCAUGAGUGAUACUGAUAGUGACAGUGACGAUAACAUUCCAAUUUCUAGACUCAAGAGGAUGAAUCUUGGGGACAUAGGUCCUGUUCAUAAUGACUCCUAUGUGAAUGCUAAUACUUCAGUUGACACCAAAAAAGAAUCCGCAACCCGUCCAAGGAGGCGCCUGGUGCCACUAAGGAAAUGCAGGGGGAAAGGUAGGUCAGAGGAAAAGCCAUCAAGUGAUACAACUGAAAGUAGAUGUGGUCGUGGAAUUUCUACUCAUGUAGAUUCUGAAGAUGAUGAGUCGGACGUGACGGGCUCAGAUGAUGAAGAUGAAACUCUUGGUGGAUUUAUUGUCGACAGCUCUGAUGAAUCUAAAGGUGAUGAGGUUUCUGGUGAAACCGAUGGUAGUUCAGAUGAAGAAGAAGACUUAUCUAAGAUUUUAUCUAAUUUUCAGAGGAAAAGAGAGAAAAAUUCCAAGUGGGAGUUAGAGGGUGACAUGCUUGCAGAUUUCGGCAAGGAUGAUGAAUUGUGCAUGAAGGCUGUUUGUGCUCUUUACCGCCAGCAGACUGCUGACGAAAAGGCAAGCAAGGGAUCAUUGCAUCACAACAACCGUGGGUUCAACAAGUUUGAUGCUUUCAGAGGGACUUCUUUGGCCGAGUUUCUUACAGGUGGAGACCCCCAAGGUGAUCUGAAAGUGUCUGUAAAGGAUUUGGAGAAGUAUGAUUCCAAGGCCGUCGAAUGGUGCAGAAAUUGGGCCACCAAAUACUCUAAGCAACUUUUUGCUAUAUACGAGAACAAAGAGGAUCCACUCUUCCUUCCUUGAUUUGCAGUGUAAGGUGCCAUUAUGAAGUGUUGGAACUUUAGAAAGAAGUGUAUUUCAAAGUGGCUUUUUUUUGUGGUGGUCCUUUUCACUCUUGGUGUAAAAAUUUAUAGUCCCUUUUGGUUUCUAAUCCGGUUUUUACAUGUAUUAGGAUCGGCUGUAAAAAGAAAAAAUUAGCUCUUGAAUUGUUAUGGUACAAUAUGCUGAUAGUUGUAAGAUAUUUAAUCCCUGUACUUGCUUCGUUAGGCUAAUGCUCAGUGAAGGCUGAGUUUGUAAUCAUCUUCGGACGCUGUGAAUUUAACUUAAGUACAUGACCAUUAGUCAAUAUUAUCUGUCACAAAAUCAGAUUAA